GAUGAGCUUCGCGACCAACUGGACUCGUUGUGGGAGAAGCACCUCACCCUGCUGGACUCGUACCACCAAGCCCAACAACAGAUUGCCCGCCAUUUCUCCUCAGGCUUCUUCAAUCUUGCUCAGGCCACUUUCAAGUCGACCACUCGUGUUCGCUAUGGUCAGGAAUAUUAUGAUGACCGUAUGCAAGCAAUUACCCGCUUCGACGCUUCGAUCGACGACCACGAACUUCCCCAUCUCGCCCUGAAAAUUGAUGACACCACAUUAACCACUACCAAAAACUCGAACAAAGACUCGACCACCAAAUCGUCGAAUGAUAUUGUCGAUGAGAAAGAGGAGGAUGCACCUGCUCAACAGCCUACUCCGCCCUCAACACCACCGACCGAGUCCGAGGAGAAGCGACCCGACGAACAAAGCCACGAAAACAAGUCUGAGCAGGCAGAUGGCAAAGAAUCAGCACAAAAGAAAGUCCGUGACCCGAUCCACUGGUACGGCAUCCUGGUGCCCCCUUCUUUGCGUUCGUCACAAACCUCUUUCAAGUCUGCCAUUCAAAACCCUAUCAUAGAAGCUGCCAAUUCCGCACAAGCUCUUCGUCAUGUCAGCAUGGAAAUUCGCAAACUGCGCAAAGACAUCAAGAAG